AUGGAGCCUUUCACAGUUGUGGAGGUGUUGAUAUGGCUCGUGCUGAUAUCGCUGGCAUUCCCCGGCGUGUUUCUGCGCGCGCUGCUCAGGUUUUAUUGGUGGCUCAAUGCCAUCCCCGAGGGCAGCAGAAAGGGGCACCCCAACGCAAUGCCAGUGCUUAAUAUCGUCUUCCUCACCGACAUCGUCCAGUCGAUGUUGUUCCCGACUGUGGUCGAUAUGUGCCACAUUGUGAUGUUCAACGACCGCGUAUUCCUUAGUUGGAUUACGGCAGUACAUCACCUCGGUGCGGCGGUCGGUGGAGUGAUGGCUUGGGUGGUGUCCUACUUGCAACUGGAUAGGCACUUCCACAACAUUCCCAAGUUUGCUUCAGUGCUGUUGACGGCGCACAUGGUGUAUUUCCUAAGGGUUUUGCGGAUGGACAGCAUGCUCUCCCAUAUUUUCUGGCACGGCCUGUACUACGUGAUAUACUCGUUCCACCAGAUCGCAGUCUUCAACACGCUGGUCACGUCAGUGGGUAAACGCGAAACGGGGUGUUAUAUGACGCUGUCAUCGGCUGUUGCUAAAUUGGGUAACAUCACAGGUCCAGCUGCACUCAUCAUGGUUUCGACCCUCGACUCCACCAGCUUUGCCCGCUUGAACGCACCUUUUCGCCUGAAGAACGCGGAGAUCGCAUACAUGGUAGUCCUGGCUCUAUGUGUCGUGCGCGUGGUGUAUACAUUCGAGCUGGUCAGUCCGCUCGAGAAUCGAUGGAAGAGUGCACUGGACGACGCCAGUUCACCCAUAUUGCCACCGAUCGAAGAGAAAAUGGCUUUGGGGCAAUCACUCACUAACCCUGAGAGCCUAGAUGCGGCAGUGGAGCCCGUAAACAAGCGGCACAGCGUUCUUCCCUACGUCAUAUUCGCCAUGAACGUGCUAUCGCUAAUUGGGGCGGGGCUCUCCAUCAGGUUCAUGUUCCUCUACAUGAUCCUCAAGUUCAACAUGGAAUACCGCCUCAUGUGGCUGGCCAACAUAUGUAUCCCUAUCGCAUCUACGGCCGCAUUGUUUGUGAUCGACAACCAAGCCAGGCGUUACGGAAAGCUCGUGACCAUAUUUGUCUCACAGACUAUUGGGCUGAUGCUGUUGUACGCUUUCACCAAGGUCGAAGACCCCAAGUUGGUGCUGGUCAUUUACGUGCUGAGGGCCACCUUCCAGAACACCCCCGCAGCUCUGAAGACAACGGUGAUGCUCAAGCACAGCAGCGACAGCGCCAACAGCUACUGGCUUGCCUCCGAACAUGUGUCGAGGGUGCUCAUCUUCGUAUCCACGAUAUUCGGCGGCCACCUGUCCAAGUAUGCGGGGCUGGAGUACUGCUUCUUGGCGACAGUGCUCUUCUACGGCGCAGCGCAGCUGCUGCUGCUUCCAUGCGUCGUCCUCUUCCCCGAUGUCUAA